AACCGGAAACAGCGUGAACCCCACCGUGUCGCCAUUUCGUCCGUGUCUUGUGGAUGUUUUGUCAACAGUGUCGGAAUCCCGAGCGUUUUUUGACGUCGUUCGGCGCGUCGGAGAACGCCAGAGAGCCUCGAAAUGCCCGGCCCAGGCACCAGCACGUUCCUACGAUGGCGUUGAGGGGUGAUGGACAUCAAAGACCUGGUGUUUCCGGACCCGCGCUUGGACACCAUGAAGGCAUGGACCGGAGGGUUAGGGCAGUUAGAAAGAUUCCUUGAGAGCAGCUGCAGCAGGAGCACCGAACCGGCGCCUUCCGACAUGUUCCCGGGUUUUCCGAGCUCCGGCUCAUCCCAGGCCAUGCCGGGAUCCGCCCCUUUGAACCCCAGCACAGCCACCAACCCCUGGUUCCACCAGUCGGCUUUCUCGAUGGCUGACCUUCACUCGGGUGCCUCGGGGACCGCCUCCUCCUCGAUGGCCGGGUCGCCUUACUGGCUUCCACACCAGUACACGGCCACGCCCACUGCCGAUCCGCACCAGUCGCGCUAUGGCACGAGCAACGACCUGUACUCUGCCUCAACCUCUGCGACCCCAUGGUGGUUUGGACACGGCACGUCAGCUGCAGGAAGCGGGCUCCACUCGUCGCAGUAUUUCCAGCAGCACAUGGCACGCAACGACCACAUGUCGAACCCUUUCCAAGCGUCAGGCGCCACCCAAUCGAAGACUCCGAGCUACCUCCAGCACGGGCUAGCGACCCAGCAGCACCUGCAGCAGCAGCAGCAGCAGCAGCCCGCCGCGCCGUCCCCCGCCACUCAACAGCAGCACCUUCAUCAGUCAUCGGUCCAGCAGCAGCAGCAGCAGACAUACCAUCACUCACCGGCCACGUCCCAGCAUGAGGCCAUGUCAUCCCCUGCCACCACCCCCAUCCAGCCCAUUCCAUCGAGUCAGCACCAGUCUGUCGGCAUCUCCAGCCAGCAUCAGCGCUCGCUGAUGUCCUCAUCAUCGCAGCAGCUGGCCUCGUCGACCUCAAUGAUGGCCCGGCAGCAUGAUGGCAUGGGUGGCCAGACGAGUCGAUCUCAUCAACAGCAUCAACAACAACAACAACACCAGCAGCAUCAACAGCAACAACAACACCAGCAGCAUCAACAACACCAGCAGCACCAGCAGCAGCAGCACCAACAGCAGCAGCAUCAACAGCAUCAUCAGCAUCACCAAAUUCAAAGGCCUGUGGUACCGAGAGCACAGCAACAACAGCAGACGCAGCAGCAGAAGGGCAGUUAUGGCAGCAUGGCGCAGCAGCACGUUCAGUCCACCUCGUCGCAGCGCAUGAACCACCAGAGCAUGAUGCCCCCAAUGUCCUCAAGCUCCCAGAUGAUGGCGCCACAGUCGCACCUGAACAGCAUAGCCUCCGGCGGACUCGACGCCAACAUCCAGCCCAUCUUCGAGCUGUACGGGCACGACCCGCUAGCUGCGGUGCAGAAUUCGCAGCUCCACCAUCAGCAGCCAACGUUCGACAUGUCCGCAAACUCUGUGAACCAGCAGGGCUUCGCGCAGCUGCAGCAGCAGACAACGUGGAUACCUCCCGAGGCGAGCACUGAGGUGUCCAAGGCCAAGUGGGCCAAGCCUGAGGCCGGCGCCGAGGCAGCAGCCGAGAAUGACACCAAAGAUGAUGCAGCUAGGCCUGAUGCGGCGGCUAGUUCACCCACCAAGAAAGGCAAAGGGAGACGUAAAAAGGAGGAAGGGUCUAAGAAGAAGCAGAAACAACAGGAGAUUCUCGCCGAAGCGAAGAAGGGGCUCCAGAGAAAGAACAUUCGAGACAUCAAGAACGAGUCAGACCUGGACGAGGUGACGCUGAACGCCCAGAAAGAGGAGCAGGAGCGCAUGAAGCGUCUGCAAGAGGCACGGCUCCGUGCGCUGCAAAGCCAGGGCAUAUCGCCCGCCCCUCCCUCUGCAAUCGCCCCGAUUGCCCUGGAGAGCAGUAGCAGCAGCAGCAGCGACGACGACGACAGCGAAUCGCAGUCUGAGGACGAGGCAAUGCCUGCCGCCACACCACGCAGGACAGGUGGAGAUGUGAUAGAUAUCUCGUCAUCAGAUGAAGCCAAGAUUCCAGAGGAAGAGGACGAUGACGUGGUCAUGGUAGUGAGCGACGGCGAUGACGCGGAGGACGAAAAGGGCGACGACCUGAAUGACGGUGCACACAUCAACGAUGCAGUCAAUCUACCAGACUCUAUGGGUCGUGUCCUGGUCAAUGUGGGACAUCCACCCGAAGAUCCGGAUGUCUUCUUGGCACCGCAGUUGGCGCCCAUCGUCAAGCCUCAUCAGAUUGGUGGCAUUCGGUUCCUGUUCGACAACGUGGUGGAGUGCGUGAGCCGCUUCGACACCUCGAGUGGCUUCGGCUGCAUCCUGGCUCACAGCAUGGGCCUGGGGAAAACCAUCCAGGUGAUCUCCUUUGUGGACGUCCUGCUGCGGCACACGGCAGCACGCAAGGUCCUCUGCAUCACCCCGAUCAACACCAUCCAGAACUGGCUCGCGGAAUUUGACAAGUGGGUGCCGGCGCCCGAAGCUGUUCCGCAGAACCUGGUGGAUUCGGGCCAAGUGAGGCCCCGGUCGUACCGUGUCUACCUCCUCAACGACAUAUACCGUUCCACUCCAGCCAGGGCCGAGUUGAUCUUGGACUGGCACAAGAAGGGUGGUGUCCUGCUGAUGGGCUAUGAGAUGUACAGGAUGCUGGCGCUAAAGAAGGUGGUGCGUCCCAACAAGCGCCGGAGAAGUCCUAAGAAGGAGGACCUCUCUGUGCCGGAGGACGAAUCUCGCCAUUCACAGCUCCUGGAUGACAUCCACCAGGCCAUCGUUAACCCGGGCCCCGACCUUGUCAUCUGCGACGAGGGACACCGCAUCAAGAACUGCAAUGCAAGCACUUCCACUGCACUCAAGAGCAUACGAACUAAGCGGCGCAUCGUGCUGACGGGCUACCCGCUGCAGAACAACCUGCUCGAGUACUGGUGCAUGGUGGACUUUGUGCGGCCCUCGUACCUGGGCACGCGCUCCGAGUUCUGCAACAUGUUUGAACGGCCCAUCCAGAACGGACAGUGCCUGGACAGCACACCCAAGGACCGGCAGCUCAUGCGCUUCCGCGCUCACGUGUUGCACAGCCUGCUGCAGGGAUUUGUACAGAGGCGAGGCCAUGCGGUGCUUCGGGAUGCCCUGCCACGGAAGGAAGAGCAUGUGCUGCUCAUUCGGAUGACGCCCAUCCAGCGGACGCUGUAUCGGGAGUUUGUCAAGGAGUUUCUUCACAACUACAGGGUCACCAACCCCCUCAAAUUCUUUGCGGUCUGCUGCAAGGUGUGGAACCACCCAGACAUCCUGUUCCACCUGGUGCAAGAUAAGAAGCAUGAAGAGGGCCUAGACAUCGACUUGGACAUCGACUUGAUAGGCCCCACAGUCAAGGAGACACAACCCAAGAAGCACCACCACCAUCACCACCACCACCACACCAACUCAGCAGGCCUCCCAGACUCCGUAGUUGCGGAAAACAGCUGUGUGGGGCCGGACGGCAGCCUGGCCGGUUGUGUGGACCCUCUGGGUCAGCCACAGGACUCCCCUUACUCUGCCUAUGGGCUCAACUGCGAUGGCGUCUCAACGCCAGUGUCCGGCAUGGGUGUGAACAAGCCCAAGUACACGCAGGAGCAAGGCGUUGUUGCACCUUUCCGGGAGAAGUCGGACAAUAACAUCAGCUACGAGUGGGCGUACCCCCUGAUGGAGAAAUACAUGCCGGACAUGCUGGAGAACAGCUACAAAUUCCUGGUGCUCAUGACCAUCGUGGAGCAGACGCUGGGCGUCGGGGACAAGUUGCUCGUGUUCAGCCAGUCCCUGUCCACGCUGGAUCUUGUCGAGCGCUUCCUCAGCCGCCGGGAGGUGCCUCUCAGGCCGGGCCUCCCUCAUGGCGAGAAGUGGACGCGCGGCAAGAACUACUUCCGCUUGGACGGGAGCACGUCGGCGCAGGAGCGUGAGAAGCUCAUCAACGAGUACAACUGCAACCAAUCAGUGAGCCUGUUCCUGCUGUCGACACGGGCUGGCUGCCUGGGCAUCAACCUGACGGGCGCCAACCGCAUCGUGGUGCUGGACGCCUCGUGGAACCCCUGCCACGACGCCCAGGCCGUGUGCCGCAUCUACCGAUACGGCCAGGCCAAGCCGUGCCACAUCUACCGCCUGGUGUGCGACAACUGCCUCGAGAAGCGCAUCUACGACCGGCAGGUCAACAAGCAGGGCAUGUCAGAUCGCGUGGUGGACGAGAUGAACCCGGAGGCCAACCUGACCUGGAAGGACGUCAGCACCCUCGUGCAGGACAACGAGGACGACCCUCCUGUGCAGGACCUCUCUGCCGUCGCCAGCGGGUUCUCGGACUCGGUGCUGCGUACGCUCACCAUGGAGUACUCGCAGUGCCUCACCAAGGAACCGUUUGAGCAUGAGUCUCUCCUGCUAGACCGCAAGGACCUGAAGCUGACCAAAUUCGAAAAGCGCCUGGCCAAGCAAAGCUACGAGCUGGAAAAGAGGGCCACCCUCCACGGAGGUCGCACAUACAUGCACGCCGCCGCCUACUCCAACGGGUACCAGACAUGGCAGAACCGGCAAGGCACAGUGACAUUCCUCGGGCCAGGCCCGACACAAACCACGCCUUCGCCGAUGCAGCCCGGCUCGCAGAACGGGGACAUGCCCGUCUGGGGCACACCAAACGUCAUGCAGUCCCUGCUGCGGCAAGGCAUGACAGUACAGAGAAUGCGGGUCCCUGCGAAGGUGACCAUACCACUGAACAAUUCGGCGGACCCUCCGGUGGAGAUCCCGCCGGGAACCGAGAUUCUGGUUAUGAAGACACCGAAGGGCGUGUACCUUCGGAUUCCAGAUGGCCGCAUCAUUGCGGUACGCCUUCCCACGACUGGAGAGAUGGCUGUGGCAGGACAAUCGGGUGAAUCUGUGGGCAGUAACGCCGCCACAACAAGCGCAGGGAACAAGCAGUCCUUUGGCAUCGUUCAGCCGUCACUGCAGUGUGGAGGCCGGGUCCAACUGUCGGGAGUCGCGGGGCGUCAGAUCAGCAAGGGGCCACCAGAAGUCAUCAAUCUCGACGACGACAGUGACCUGCCUGACGAGAGCAGUGACGACGAAGACGGCGCUGGGCGCAAGAACGGUGCCAUCGUUCCCAUGUCGGCAGUCAAGGGCGCGACGGCCAUCAUCGAAAAGCCCAAGGAUGGAAGCGGCGGUGGUGGCGAGUCAGUCGCGGUGUGACAACGGCAUCACCCUAAGAGCAACGCCGCCUCGUUGCGGAUCUCUCGUCUGCCUGUGUGUGCGCGUGCGUGUAGGUGAGAUCGGCUCGUCGACGGGUCUCCGCACGCUGCCGAGAGGCCACGGCAUUGUGUGCGCGCACCACGUCGAAACCAAGAGAAUGCUGUGUUCCUCGGACAAUGUGUUCCCCGAAAGAACAACAGCCUUUGUCCAGCGCCUGGUCGCAAGCUGGAACAAGGGAACAGCGGCACCACUGAAGAAGAGCAUUCCAAAAAGAAAAAAGAAACAACUAACGAGAGACGCGCGACACCUUCUACACCUCAAUGAGUUUUUAUCCCCCCUUCGUUCUUCAAGCGGCCGCUACGAAGUCUCUUGAUUUUUAAAUUUCUUUUGCCCCGAGCAUUCUGAUUUCGAGAAUCGGAAGAAACAGUGAACUCGCUGCACGCAAACUCCAUGGACGGCUGCUGUGUGUAUGUGUGUGUGCGCGUGUGUGUGUGUAUGUCGCACCAAGAGAAGAAAACAAGAUGCGUGUUAGAAAAUUUGAAAGUUAUUUAUUUAAAAUUUAAACAAUAAUGAACUGUCGGAGCAACGCCGCCGCGGAUCCGGACAUGCUGAGCUGCGACAAAGGGCGUGACAACCACCAGCUCCAAGCGUGGACGGAGUGUCGGCACGUUUUUCAGGAAACCAGGACAGGAGGCGAGGGGGGGGGGGCUUGCCAAUGCAGUAUUUAAAGACCUAGUUAUUUUUUCCCUUCUGUUCCAUUUGGCCUAGAAGUCUCGAGGUGCGUGUGUGCGCGCAGUUUGCAUCAUUCAAUCUAGUGCAGUCCUCUGUCGCGUCUCUCUCACGGAUUUAUUUUCUGGUGGCGUCGCAGUUUGUACAGAAGCAUUUCCGACGUCAACAUUCCUGGCCUCAACCCCCCACAACCUCCCUCGAUGUGGUGCAAGCAACAGACUGUUUACGUUUCUUGCCUCGACCUCCCGCGUCAUCGAGUCCUGCAAGUGUGUGCGUGUGUGUGUCGUUUCCUGUGACUUCCGCAUUAAAUUUUAUCAUUUCAGUGCAUCUAGCCAAGGGAGAAAAAAAAAGGAUGUUUCCUGAA